GGAAGUGUGAGAGUGAGAGUAAGCAAAAGCAGAAGGGCUGGAAGCGAAGGAGGCUGCAGCUGGUUCUCCCUGACGCGCUGCGCCUAAAGCCGUGCGAAGACACAAUGCACCUGCUGCCAUUGUUCUGCCUCUUGCUCCGGCUUUCAGGCUCAUCUGCCAUCUCGGGUCCCAGAGCAGUGAGAGGUGUGGAGCAGGGCUCACUGACUGUGCGGUGUCAAUACGACCGUGGGUAUGAGCCCUAUGUAAAGUGGUGGUGCCGGGGGGCUGGCUGGAGCAGCUGUCGGUUUGUUGUUAAAACGAACCUUGGAUCAGAGAAGGAGGUGAAGCAGGGCCGCGUGUCCAUCAAGGACAACUGGAAAGACCGCUCAUUCACCGUGACCAUGGAGAAGCUCAGGCUAGACGAUUCAGACGCUUACUGGUGUGGGAUUGAGAGAACUGGAGUCGACCUGGGGGACGACGUUGAUGUGACCAUUGACCCAGCACCAACUACAGUGCCGACCACCAUUCCUACCACCUCCACUGUCAACACAAAAGAUAAUAUUCGCUCCUCAGCUGUGACCGGCCACCACUCCAAAGACAGCAACGAUGGCCUGGGGCUCAGUGUCCUCCUUCCUCUCAUCUUUGCGGUGUUGCUGCUUCUCUUCAUGGUGGCCUCGCUCGUGGCUUGGAGAAUGGCGAAGAGACUGAAGAAAGCUGCUGGGACAUCCCCAGUGGAGGUGCUUCAGCCCCCGGGGAGCGACAUCUGCUACGCAGACCUGAACCUGCAGCAGAUUGAAAAGCCCUCUGGCUCCUCCCGGAAGAAGGCCUCUGAGAGGGCCCCCUCCUCCCCCCAGGCCUACUCAGGGGACGGGGACUAUGCCAACACGGCUGACGUCUUCAGGGACAACAUCCCCUACACCCCUCUAACCCCGAAGACAUCUUCGCUGCAGGCUGAGGUUUCCAGGGACAGCAUCACCUACGCGGCUCUGUCUUUGGACACCUCGGAUGAACAGCCGACCUACAGCAACAUGGAGCAUCUCAAUACCCGCCCUCCCAGCAGGAUCCUCGAGAAGUCCACGGAGUACAGCACCGUCAGAAAGCCUUAGCCUCAGCCCCAGAGGCCCCUCUCUGAGCCCCCUCGAGACCUCUAAGUACCUUCCUGCUCCUUUCAUCUGCUUUCUGCCCCUUCUGUCCCCUCAGGGGACCAGCCAGCGACUGAGGUCUCUGACUGAUGAAGCUGGCAUCAUGGCCAGCUCUGGUCUGAUGGCUUGGGGUCUGGUCUCAGGGAGCUUCUGAGAGUUAGACAGGGGUCUUUCCACAUCCCAUUCUCUCCCACACAGCUUGAGACAGGGUUGAGGAUACAAUCUGGAGCUGCUGAGGGAGUAAGCAGGAUGAUAAUGGUAAUAACAGUAAUUCACUUCUAUUUAUUGCUUAUCAUGGGUGGUGGGCUUCCCUCUUGGCUCAGAUGGUAAAGAAUCUGCCCGCAAUGUUGGAGACUCUGGUUUGAUCCCUGGAUUGGGAAGAUCCCCUGGAGAAAGGAAUGGCAACCCACUUCAGUAUUCUUGACUGGAGAGUCCCGUGGACAGGCUACAGUCCACAGGGUCACAAAGAGUUGGACACAACUGAGUGACUCACACUUUCACUUUAUCAUGAACAGUGGACUGAAUAAUGGUCCUUGAAGUUAUUUGCAUCCAAAUCCCCAGAACCUGGGAACAUUACCUUCAGGGGCAAAAGGGACUGUGUAGAUGUAAUGGAGUCAAGGAUUUGGGGAUGGGAAGAUUAUUCUGGGUUAUCCAGCUGGGCCCUAAGUAUAAGCCCAAGGGUCCUUAUAAGAGGGAAGUGAGAGGGUCACAGAGAAGAAGACGGUGAUGGUGGUAGCAGCAGAGGUCAGGACGAUAUGGGCAGGACCCAGGGAAUGCCACAGCCUCCAGGAGCUGGAAAAGGCAGGAACGGAGCCUUCUCUGGGGCGCGCAGAAGAGUCAGCCUGUCCGACACCUUGACUUUAGCCCAAUGAGACUGAUUUCCUACUUCUGGCCUCCACAAUUACAGGAGAAUAAAUUAUUAUUUUCAUGAA